CACCUGCUGGCCCCGAGAUGGAGAAUUCUGAUGACCAAAUUACAAAAUGAAUGUUUGGAGACCUUCGCAUCCUCUAAGCGUCAUGAAUUGAGUAAAUCUUCCCAGUGCUGUCAGUCUCAGCCUUCCUCCUCCACAUACAUGUGGGAUGUUGCAGGACCCAGUGGCCUUCGAGGAUGUGGCUGUGAACUUCACUAAGGAGGAGUGGGCUUUGCUGGAUCCUGCACAGAGAAAACUCUACAAGGAUGUGAUGUGGGAAACUAUCAAGAACCUGAACACUGCAGGGAGAUGCUGGGAAAACAAGAAUAUUGAAGAUCAGUGUCAAAAUACCAGAAAAAAUCUAAGAAGUGGGAUAGUACAGAGACUAUAUGAACUACAAGAAGGUAGUCAAUAUGAAGAAGCCAUCAUCCAUCAGAUCGCAAGCACUAACCUAAAUGAGAAAACAGAUACUGGAUUCAGACCAUGCGAAAGAAGAGCAUAUAGGGAUGGCUGUGCCGUUCCUUCCUCCCACAGCAGACACAUCAGAGCUCACGGAGAGGAACCACCUGAGUGUCAGGAUUAUGCAGAGAAGCCGUCCAAACGUAAGCAACGCGGGAAACCCUUCAUUUCUCUCGUACGUGAGGGAAGACACAUGAGAUCACAAAGGGGAGCUGGACCUCAGAAAUGUAAGCUAUGCGAAAAGACCUUCCACUGUCUCAGUUCCCUGCAGUUACAUGAAAAAACUCACGCGGCAGAGAAACCCCACACGUGUGGGCAGUGUGGGAAAGCCUUCAGUUUCUUCAGUUAUUUACAAAUUCAUGUAAGAACACACACAGGAGAGAAACCCUACCAAUGUACGCAGUGUGAUAAGGCCUUCAGUUGUCCCAGUAACUAUCGAAAACACGUGAUAACCCACAGUGGAGAAAAACCCUAUGAAUGUAAGACGUGUGGAAAGACUUUCAGUCGGGCCUUUCACUGUCAAGUACAUCAAAGAACCCACACUGGAGAGAAACCCUAUCAGUGUAAGCAGUGCGGUAAAAGCUUCUCUCAUUCCAGUUACUUUAGAAUUCAUCAAAAGGUUCACAGUGGAGAGAGACCCCUUGAAUGUAAGCAGUGUGGGAAACCAUUUUUUUGUCUCCCACGUCUUCAGAGACACAUGAUCACACACACUGGAGAUGGGCCUUAUAAGUGUAAGGUAUGUGGGAAAGCAUUCAGUUGGCCCAGUUCCUUUCACGAGCAUGAAAGAACUCACACCGGAGAGAAACCCUAUGAAUGUAAGCACUGCGGGAAAGCCUACAGUUGUUCACGUUACUGUCGGAAACAUGAAAGGACUCACACUGAAGAGAAACGCUAUGAAUGUCAGCAGUGUGGAGAAUGCUUUCUUUCUCCCGGUUCCUUUAAAAAACACAAGCACACUCACGCUGGAGAGAAAACCUAUGAAUGUAAGCAAUGUGCAAAAGCGUUUCUUUCUUCCAGUUCCCUUCGAAAACAUGAACGUAUGCAUGCUACAGAGAAACCGGCUGAAUGUAAACAGUGUUGGAAAACCUUUCGUUCUUCCCGUCUGUUACAAAUACAUGAAAGAACCCACACAAGGGAGAAACCUUAUGUGUGCAAAGAAUGUGGAAAAGCCUUUAGUUUCCCCCAUCAUUUUCGGAUGCAUGAAAAGAUUCAUACUGGAGAAAAAUCGUGUGUAUGUAAGCGCUGUGGGAAAGCUUUCUAUUGUGCCAGUUCCCUUCAAAAGCAUGAAAGGACACAUACUAGAAACAAACCCUAAAUAAAAAAAGAAAGAAUGUGAGAACGUGUUCAUUAUCACACAACCUAUGCCAUAUGGGAAAAACACAUGUGAAAAAAUUUACUUGAUAAGUUGAUAAGGACCACAAGAUGGCAUAAGGGUUAUGUCACUGGACUCCCACACAGUAGACUGCAGUUUAAGUCCCAGA